GCAAAACAAUGACAUAAAAACAAGUGUGCUAAGUACUGAGUGGAGGAGAGAGAGAGAGGCAGACGCUGCAGGAAAAAAAGUUGAUUAAAAAGGGCCCUUUGAUUCCGCAGGCACAAAAAAUCCACAGCCAGGAAUUUGCUGCCACCUCUGAGUCAGGCAGGGGGUGGGGGUGGGAUGUACAAUCCCAUUAGUAGAGAAUGCCCAGUGGAUUUAGUCUGUGAGAGUCACAUUUCUUAUCUGGACCCGUGUAGACAGAAGUAAAUGCAGUUCACUUGUUUCCUGGGACAGUUGAGGUAGGGGAUGGCUUUCGCAGAGCAUUCACCACUGACCCCUCAUCGCCGAGACCUCUGUAACCGUUCUAUCUGGCUAGCCAGGAAGAUUCGUUCGGACCUGACUGCUCUUAUGGAAUCUUAUGUGAAGUAUCAGGGCCUGAACAAGAACAUCAGCCUGGACUCUGUGGAUGGUGUGCCAAUGGCAAGUACUGAUAAGUGGAGUGAGCUGACCGAGGCCGAGCGACUCCAAGAGAAUCUCCAAGCUUAUCGUACAUUCCACGUUAUGUUGGCCAGGCUUUUAGAAGACCAACAGGUACAUUUCACCCCAACUGAAGGUGACUUCCAUCAAGCUAUACAUACGCUUCUACUCCAAGUUGCUGCCUUUGCUUACCAGCUGGAGGAGUUAAUGGCACUCCUGGAACACAAGAUCCCCCCCAGUGAGGCUGAUGGGAUGCCUGUUGUUGGAAAUGGUGGUCUCUUUGAGAAGAAGCUGUGGGGCCUAAAGGUGCUGCAAGAGCUUUCACAGUGGACGGUGAGGACCAUCCAUGACCUUCGUGUCAUUUCUUCACAUCAGACUGGGAUCCCAGCACACGGGAGCCAUUGUAUUGCUAAUGAAAAGAAAAUGUAGCAUUUAGCCCCUUUUCCCUUCCUUGCUUUCUUUUCUGAUGGAAUGUACAUGUUUCUCUGGAGCCUUACUUUCCCAUCUUAAAUUUCUGAAAACCUUUAAGACCACAGGCAUUUUCAUCAAGUAGGGUUGGAGACAUGGACAAAUGGGCGUACAGGUUCAGUUUGGGGUGGGUGCGUGCAUAUGUGUGUGUGUGUCUGUCUGUCUCUAUUAGGGACAUGUCAGAGUGAGAACAACAUCCCUCUAUUAGUACUCUAAUUUUCCAACCCACUAAGUAACCGUUACAGGCAUUUAACAGCCUAUACACAGAAGAGAGAGAUAUAUUUUAACUCUAGUUCUGGAUAACUUGCCUGAGAAGGAUGAGCCAUUGAAUUAAACUCAUAGACUUUAGCCAAUUUAAACUCUUUGACAACAAAAAUAAUACCUAACAUUUAUUGAAUAUCUACGAUAUUGGGCUUUAUGUAUAUUAUGUAUAACUUUUACAACAACCUUGGGAGGGCAGUGGUGUUAUUCCCAUUUGGCAGAUGAGAAAACAGGCUGAGAGAGACUUGAUUAAGGUCACAUGGGUAGCAAGUGACACACUAAGUUUGAACAGAGAUCUUUCUUAUUGUAAAGCCUCUGUGCCCUUAGAGGUUUGAUUAUGAACUUCUAUCACUGCACUUUGUCAUAGAGGGUUGGAAGAUGUAUCCAUGUGUCUAUCCCCAACACUGAAAAACAGUCCCCAUUACAUGUCCUCAUAAGUCAGUAGCAGACUUAGUGUUAAAGUCAGUAUUUGUUGCCCAUACUUGGCAACGAAGAGAGCAGCUGGAGAUCUUA